AUGCCUGAUACAGAGUCGAAAUCCAGCAGCAAGAAGCAUUUGAAGCCCACUUUUGUUUGCCCUAUUGCAAAGCCUUUGGCUGAUAAGUCUUUGGAGAAGAAAGUUCUGAAACUUGUUAAGAAAGCUUCAAGUGGCAAGAUUGUUCGUCGAGGCGUCAAGGAAGUUGGAAAAUCGAUUCGUCGAAAUGAGAAGGGAGUGCUCGUCCUUGCUGCAGACAUCUUCCCUGUAGAUGUGAUUUCUCACUUGCCUGUUCUUGCUGAGGAAAACAGCAUUCCUUAUGUAUUCGUUAGCUCACGGCAAGCUCUCGGUGAGGCUGUAACUUCCAAGCGUCCCACUAGCUGCAUUUUUGUUGUGAAGAAGGACGAUUUCGAAGAGAAGAAGAAGUUUGAAGAGGUUUUCGAUGAAGUGAAGCAGUUGGAUAUAAGUCUAUAACUAUGAAUAUCUUGUUACGUUUAUUAUCAUA